UGGUGUGCAUUAUAAUAGGUCUGGUUUGGUUUAAGGGUUUUGUGUUGUGCAUUAUAAGACGUCUGGUUUGCUUUAGGGUUUUUGUGGUGUGCAUUAUAAUACUUCUGGUUUGUUUUAGGGUUUUUGUGGUGUGCAUUAUAAUACGUCUGGUUUGUUUUACUGUGUUUAUGUUGUGUUCUACCUUGUAGCAAAGAGUGCAGGGGAUAGUGAAGAACGAAGGACCACUGCCUAAUUUUUUUGAAGAGACUGAUGAAAUUAUUACAAGUUGCAAGUGGAUACCAGAUGGUUUGGAUUUCUCACAAUGUGAUUAUUGGAUGUUCCCCCACUGUUCUGAUGACCACUACAGGAUGUAUGUAGUGAAUCUGAAGAACAAACGGUAUGAUUAUCUUGACAGCCUUUACCCUGACGACCUUGAUUCCAAGUUUCGUGCUGUUGCGGAUAUGGUGGUCCGCUAUGCCACAGAAUACAUUCCUGCCUGCAGAGAAGAGCCCUUCAAAUUUGAAGAAUUCAAGUGGGUUAGACAGCGAGGGGUGAGACAACGUGGUGGGGUUGACUGUGGUGUUUUUACUAUGAAUUUUGCUGAGUUUUGGGAUGGCAAACUGCAUCCAGCUAUGAGGAAUUGGCAAAGACAAAUCAAUCAGAGGCGGGAUGAGAUCACAUUAACAUUGCUGCUGAACAAGGAGAACAGUGUACUUGAAGAGGUGAAGAAGAAGAGUUUGGAGUUUGAUCGCAAGGUGGACUAGCUGAUUUUAGCAUGCAUUUGCAAGAACAGUUUCAGAUUUCAGUGUGUUAAUAUGUGUUUUAGUGUGUUAAUGGUGUUGAUUAAGAGGAUUUGUGUUCGUCGUGUAUGGUGUGUAUUAUAAGACAAGUGG